CGCACGGGGGCGCGCGCGCGCGGGGCGGAUGACGACGUCGACGUCGACGUCGCGUCCCCGCGCGCUCCCCGCGUCCCUGACCGCGCUGAUCCCGCCGCCGUCGCGCGCGCUGCCCCGACCCGUGCCGUUCUUGCCCGUGGACAACGACGACGACGACGACGACGACGACGACGACGACGACGACGACGACGGGAUCGAGAUCCCUUCCUCGUCGUCGUCGCGCCGCGUCGUCGUCGCGCUGAACGCGUGCUUCCGCGAGCUGCUGUCGUGCGACGCACGGACGUUCUGGAGCCACUGCGUGCACGACCGCGCGCUCCGCAAAGCUCUGGACACGUACUUGCAGUUCAGGACGCGCCCGCGCGAGCGGCGGAGUCGGCGACGGCGACGAGACGCGAACGCGAACGACGACGACGACGACGACGACGACGACGACGCGCUCGCGCGUCGAGUCUUCUUCGUCCAUCGCCGACUCGCGACGCCGUUGGAGCGCGGGUCGCCGUUCGCGUCGAUGACGCGACAGGGCGACGCGCUGCGCGACGCCGGGCUCUUGAACGUCCCGAAGCUUCUCGACCUGUGCGCGCUGUACGGCGAGGGCAACGAGGCGCUGGUGGGCGAGCUGCUGGAGGAUGCGUUUCAGAUGGCGCCGGCGUUUUUGGACGCGGACGUUCCCGUCGCCGGCGCGGCGAUCGCGAAGAAUUUGGAAGAGAUGGCGGAUAGGCUCGUGCACGCCGCGUUCGAGCGCGAGGGCGGCGUCGACGCGACCGCGAGGAACGACGCGCUGCGGUACUUUUACGACGUCGCGCUGAGCGUGCGCGCGCUCGCGACGGGCGCGCCGGCGACGGCGACGCGACUCGCGAAGUUACGGGUCGUAAAUGAUGUAAAAGGAGAAUCUGAAGGCGCGGGCGGCGGCGGCGGCGGCGCGACGAAGCCCGACGCGUUGCUCGAGGCGCUCGACCGCGUCGCGCACGAGACCGUGCCGCUUCUCUCCGGCGGCGGCGGCGGCGGCGGCGGCGACGACGACGUGGAAGCGUACGCGGCGGCGGUGACGGCGGCGUUGGAGAGUUGCCGCGGGGUUUUGAUGCGCCCGCCGCCGCCGCCGCCGCGGAUGACGAGGAGGGCGGCAGUGGCGACGACGAGCGAGAUCACCGAGGCGAUGGACGACGACGACGACGACGACGACGACGACGACGCGGCGCCCUCCCCGGCACCGCGCGCGUCUACCGCCGGCGCGACGAUUGCCGGCGCGCGGACGCGAGAGAACGUCGCGCGCGUGAAGAUGAUUUUUCCCGAUCACGGCGACGGAUACGUCGCGGCGGCGUUGGCGCACUUCGGCGACGACCCGGACGCGUGCGUCGGCGGCUUGCUCGACGGCGGCGACCUCCCAAACGCGCUGAAAUCGCUGCCCACGAGCACGACGUGGGAUGAAUGGGUUGGGAAUCGCGCGGACGCGGACGCGGACGCGAAGGCGAAGGCGGGCGGGAGGGCUGCUAAGGUGCGUCCUAUACACUGGUCCCCAUACGACCGCGUCGGCGUUAUGAACGCCGAUCCUUAA